AAGGUAGGUUUUGGUCGGCCAACAACUCAGUGACUGCGUUUCAUAAUUCUUAAAGGGGCAAUUGGGCAAAUGAGUACGAGAAUUCAAACAGUCUGUGGAGGAGCCAGUGCUGUAGUUACUUUUUAGGCAUUCACUGAACAUACGAACAAUGUCGCGUGUUCUAAUAAUAGGAGCUGGCCUCACUGGCAGUGUGUGUGCUUGUCUGCUUCGGAGAGAACUGCCACAAAAAUGUAAAAUUGUCGUCUGGGAUAAAUCUCGUGGAGCAGGGGGCAGAAUGUCAACGAGCAGAAGCCCCACAGACCCUGCCUGUACAGUGGACCUCGGGGCUCAGUACAUUACAGCCACUCCGUACUAUGCACGGAUACACCAGAGUUUCUAUGAGGAGCUCCAGGCCCAAGGCAUAUUGACACCGUUGGUCACCUCAGUGGAGGGGAUGGCGUCCAAGGAGGAAGGACUGAAAAACUAUGUCACUCCGAAGGGGGUCUCUUCUAUAGUCAAACAUUAUCUUAAAGAAUCAGCAGGAGCAGAGGUGUUCUUCGACCGCCACGUCACACACGUCUACAGGAGAGGUGCGUGCUGGGAAGUGUGUCGUAAAAACGGAGAGCCGGAGCAGUUUGACGCAGUGGUCCUCACCAUGCCCGUCCCACAGAUACUACAGCUGCAAGGGGACGUGGGGUCCUUGAUGGCGGACCCCCAGCGGGAGCAGCUGGAGGCGGUGAGCUACUCCUCGCGCUACGCCCUGGGCCUCUUCUACCCUCCACACACCCAUAUCCCCGCGCCCUGGGCCGCCAAGUACGUCUCCAACAGCCCCUGCAUCCGCUUCAUCGCCGUGGACGACAAGAAGCGCCACACAGAGUCCCCUGACUGCGGGCCGUCGAUGGUGGUCCACACCAGCGUGCCGUUCGGCGUGCAGCACCUGGAGGCGGAGAAGGAGCAGGUGCAGCCCCUCAUCAUGCAGGAGCUCCAGAGGCUGAUGCCCCACCUGCCCCAGCCCGCCAGCAUCAAGUGCCAGAAGUGGAGAUACUCCCAGGUGACGCGAUCGGUGGCAGAUUGCCCAGGGCAGAUGACUCUGUUCUCGCAGCCCCUGCUGGUGUGUGGGGGGGACGGUUUCACACACUCCAACUUCGACGGCUGCGUUGAGUCUGCCCUGAAGGUGUUCGAGGUGCUCAAGUCCUCCCUCUGAGGCCUACCCUGCCCAGCCCAGCACCGCCCCGCCCUGCCUCCUUCCUCCCCCAGUCAUCAGACGGGAGAAGUUCCAGAGAGAAUAGAUCUCUAUCUGCCCUAUUUCAGUUCUCUCUC